AUGGCGGCGUUCGCGGCGCAGGUGCUGCGGGGGCGGUGGUUCAUGGCGUACGGCUCCUUCCUCAUCAUGUCGGCGGCGGGCGCCACCUACAUCUUCGCCAUCUACUCCAAGGACAUCAAGUCGACGCUGGGGUACACGCAGGAGCAGCUCAACACCGUGGGCUUCUUCAAGGACGUGGGCGCCAACGUCGGCAUCCACGCCGGCCUCGUCGCCGAGCUCGCCCCGCCGUGGCUCGUCCUCGCCAUCGGCGCCGCCAUGAACCUCGGCGGAUACCUCAUGCUCUACCUCUCCGUCACGGGCCGCGCCGGCCACCGGACCCCGCCGCUCUGGCUCGUCUGCCUCUACAUCGCCGUCGGCGCCAACUCCCAGGCGUUCGCCAACACCGGCGCGCUCGUCACCUGCGUCAAGAACUUCCCCGAGAGCCGCGGCGUCAUGCUCGGCCUCCUCAAGGGCUUCGUCGGCCUCAGCGGCGCCAUCUUCACCCAGCUCUACCUCGCCUUCUACGGCCCCGGAGGCGGCGGCGACACCAGGCCGCUCAUCCUCCUCGUCGGAUGGCUCCCCGCCGCCGUCUCCGUCGCCUUCCUCGCCACCAUCCGGAUCAUACGCGCGCCGCGCCCGCCCGCCGCGGCGCGCCGGGAGUACCGCGCCUUCUGCGCCUUCCUCUACGUGUCGCUCGCGCUCGCCGCCUACCUCCUUGUCGCCAUCGUCCUCCAGAAGCGGUUCCGGUUCACGCGGGCAGAGUACGCCGUCAGCGCCGCCGUCGUGUUCCUCAUGCUGCUGCUUCCGCUCGGAAUCGUCCUGCGCGAGGAGGCCGCGCUGUUCAAGUCCAACAUCACCAACGCGCCAGCUGAAGCCCAAGCGCAAGCUGCAGCGACGCCGGCUCUGCCCGCGGCCACGAAACAGCCACCUGCAGCACCAGUACCACCACCAGCGACGACGGCGGGCCAAAGGUUGCUGCUUUCGCUUCGGCCGCCGCCGCGCGGCGAGGACUACACGAUCCUGCAGGCGUUGGUGAGCGUGGACAUGCUGCUGCUGUUCACGGCGACGGUGUUCGGGGUGGGCGGCACGCUGACGGCGAUCGACAACAUGGGCCAGAUCGGGGAGUCGCUGGGUUACCCGCAGCGGAGCGUGGCCACCUUCGUCUCCCUCAUCAGCAUCUGGAACUACCUGGGCCGCGUCACCGCGGGGUUCGCCUCGGAGGCGCUGCUGUCCCGGCACCGCAUCCCGCGGCCGCUGCUGGUGGCCGGCGUGCUGCUGCUCACGGUCCCGGGCCACCUGCUCAUCGCGUUCGGCGUGCCCGGGUCGCUGUACGCGGCGUCGGUGCUGGUCGGGUUCUGCUUCGGCGCCGCGUACCCGAUGAUCCUGGCCAUCAUCUCCGAGCUGUUCGGGCUCAGGUACUACUCCACGCUCUACAACGUCGGCAACGUGGCCAGCCCCGUGGGGUCCUACAUCCUCAACGUCCGCGUCGCCGGCCGGAUGUACGACCGGGAGGCCGCGCGCCAGGGCGCCGUCGUCGUGCCCGGGAAGGCGGGCGGCGGCGUCACGUGCGUCGGCAAGCGCUGUUACAGGGAGUCGUUCCUCGUCGUCGCGGCGGUCACCGUGGCCGCCUCGGCGGUCGCGCUUGCGCUGGCGUGGAGGACGCGGGCGUUCUACGCGGGGGACAUCUACGCGAGGUUCAAGGAGGGGGCCACUGGCACGGGAGCGAGUGGCAACAGCGUUCGCGUCGGAGAGGACGAGGAUGCCUCGGCGGCGGCGGCGGCGGCGGAGUCCGUGUCCAAGGAGCAGGCCAAGGUGGACGCACGCGACGCCCGUGACACUUCGAGUUGA